AUGGGUUUGCGAGAGGUGACCGCGAGCGAGGACCGACUCCUGCAAGAGAUCGCAGACAUCCUUGCAUCGUCGCACAAGAUCCUUCUCGUUACAGGUGCUGGAAUCAGCACGAGCUGCGGCAUCCCAGACUUCCGAUCUAAAGACGGACUUUACAACAUGAUUCCCGAACAGAACAUGCUUCCCUCACCUCCACCAUCUGAACCGUCAACACCGGCGACAAAACGCGUCAUGUCUUUCAACGAAGAGGACUUGUCGUCCUCGCAAUCGUCCACUUCUUCGAUCGCCAGCCGCCGAUCUUCAGCGAGUCCAUCCUCGAAAAUCAGAGGGCAGGACUUGUUUGACUCCAGGGUGUUCCAGAACGCAGCAUCUACAACAAUGUUCUAUCAGUUCAUUGCCUCGUUGCGACAAAAGAUCCGAGACGAGGUUCGAUCAACUAGUACUGUCCACAAGUUCGUCAGAGUUCUUCGUGAUGGUGGGAGGUUGAUGCGAUGUUAUACACAAAAUAUUGACGGGCUGGAGGGCAGGGAAGGUCUAGUCACGGACCUGGCCCGUGGCAAGGGCAACAAACGUCGCUUCAUGAAGAAACACGUCGAGGUCCCACGACCUGCGUAUAUACCAGGAACCGACUUCGAUGGAGGGUGUGAAGUGGUACAACUUCACGGUGACCUGGAAAAACUGCGCUGCACGAUGUGUGCCACGCAGUUUGAAUGGACUGACGAAGAAACCGACAUUUACCUGCAAGGAGCAGCACCUGGUUGUCCGAAGUGCAAAGCAAAAAGCGAGGAACGGCAGGCAAGUGGGAAACGAGGGUUGGCGACGGGAGCCUUGCGGCCCAAUAUCGUGUUGUACGGCGAAGAUCACCCUUUGAAUACACUGCUCACGCCGUUGAUCCCGUUUGAUGCCAAAUGUCAGCCAGAAGUCAUGGUCGUCAUGGGGACAUCGUUGAAAGUGUUCGGCCUACAGAAGAUUGUGCGAGAAUUUGCCAAAGCGGUUCAUGCGCGUAAGAAUGGCAAGGGUCGAGUCAUCUUUGUCAACCGUACUCGACCGGCAGAGAGCGUGUGGGAAGGGAUAAUCGAUGACUUUGUGGCCAUGGAUUGUGACGACUGGGUGGACGACCUCAAGACGCGACGGCCGGACUUGUGGCUUCGACAAGGCGACAUCGGAUUGACGGUUACAAAGUCUGCACAGCCCAAACGGAAACGGAAAUCAGGCGAGGAGGAUGAAGUCGCCAUGAAACGGCCCGUCAAGAAGGCCAAAGUCGUGGUCGAAAUCCCCGGCACCACUGUCUCGAACCUCCCCAAGAUUCUGACGACUCCUUCGAGAACAAAAGCCAACCUUGGCAGAUUCAAAUUACCUUCGAACUAUCCCACUCGGGGCAUUCUCUCACCUUUGGCGCAGGCAAGACGACCGCCAAUCUCGCCAUUGUCAAGUCCCGUGCGAAUGGAUGAUGAGAUUGUUGUGGCCAAUCCUAUUAGGCGCGGCACACCCAAAAGACCCAUGGUGUCACCGUUUACGCCAGGAGUUUUGUCAGGGAACAGGCUCAAGACAGAACUGUUCAGAUAUGAUGAAGAUAUAGAGGACGACCUUUGUGGAAGCAAAUCUAAUCUGGAAGCGCAUGAAGGGGAUCAAUCGACCGAAAGGAUGGAGAAUGCAUGGGAUCCUAAUCAAGAUCGAGAAGUCGCCCCUGCUGAGUCCGGUUUGAUGGGUCAAUUCCUGCGACAAGUGCGAGGCCGAGGAUGGUUCUCGCAUGCUUGGCUCAAUAACGAUGGAUCAGACGCACCGCCCAGCGACGAGAUGAUCCAGGUAGAGACGCCUUCGAGAGGACCAAGAGGCAGGAAGAUUGAUGUUUCCGCAGGGUGA